GGAGAACAGAGAGAGGGAGAGGGAGGGGAGCGAAGAGAGGAGUGACUACUGAUGCUCCAGUAAUCUGCACAGAGUGAGUCAGUGCUGGGGAGAGCAAGGCAACAACAGAAACAGCAGCAGUGUGAGGCACGUUUUCAGUGCAGAAGAGCAGGAUUGGAAAGCUGAGAGUGAGGAGGAAGUGAGCAAGCCGAAUAGAAAACAAGCAGAGCAGAAGCCGACGUUUAAGGAGGCAGUUCGACGCCCUCUUCGUGACAGCCUCCUGAAAACCUGACAGUGGAGGAUCACUGGACUCCAAAUCUGAAUGACAGCAGUCGAAGCUGAUCUGAAGAAAGAAGAAGUUUACAGUUAGACAUCAGAGGUGGCAGCAGGGAUGUCCUGGUUGUCUCCGGUCCAGUGGGCCAAAUGGACAUGGUCAGCAGUGACUGGAGGAGCGACGGAAGAGGGGCAGACAACAGCCAAGGAUGACAGAGAGGACAACUCAGACUCGGAGGGGACCUUUGAGACUCCAGAGGCAGAGUCUCCGGGUGUAGUGAAGCUGCUGAGCCAAUUGGACAACUCGAACCACACAGUUUCUUCUGAUGUUACAAACCACUUUCUGGACCAAAACUCCAACCAGGAUGGCGGUAUGGUUUCAUCCCAAGAGGUUGAUUCCCUGAACAACCUCACCACUCCCUCCCUUAACAACAGCAGCUUCGGUUUGGACCAGAAUCUCAAUCUAACUCUGAGCACCAAACCCAGUCCAGGAGAGGCCCGGUCCCCAUCCAGCACCACACCCCUACCUCAGGCCCAACGCCCCCCAUCGCUGCCCGUCCCCUCCCCUCUGAACAAACCCAACCCUGCGGAGGUCGAUGACGAGGCUCCGGUGACUUCUGACUCGAGUCCGGACUCGAACCUGAUCCCUAGCCGUGACAAUUGUCUGGACACAGAUUUGCUCAACGGCAACAUAAACUCUGACCCUGCACAGUUGAACACUAAACUGAGCUGUAACCUGGAGGGAAGUAAGACCACCAGCACAAUUAUCACGAACUCAUGUAAAAUGAAGCCGAACCAGCCGAUGCAGAAGGACAUCAGUGGACAGGAUGAGCAUCAUGGAGGCCACGCCACAGAUGAGGAGAAGCUAGCCAGCAGCGUUGGCGUCAAACCAGACAUGGACCAAAGCACUCAAGAUACCCAUGUACCAUCCAAACCAGAGGAGUCUGACUGCUGCUCCAUGGAAUGUGAAGACCCCUCCAAACUGAAGGAGAAGUCUGGGACGAGUGGCAUGCAGAAAACAGGAAGCCAGGUCCUUGACUCCAUCUGCAUCAGCGAGGCAGAGAAACAGGCUGUUCUCACCCUCAUCAAAGAGGAGAUCAUCACUAAAGAGGUGGAGGCCAAUGACUGGAAGAAAAAGUAUGAAGGAGGCAGACAAGAACUCAAUGAGAUGAGGAAGAUUGUUGCAGAAUAUGAAAAGACAAUUGCUCAGAUGAUUGAGGAUGAGCAGCGCAAUAACCUGAGUUCCCAGAAAGCUUUGCAUGCUGUGACAGUGGAGAAAGAGGCAGCCCUGGCUGACUUGAACUCUGUCGAGCGGUCUCUCUCUGAUGUGUUCCGUCGAUAUGAAAAUAUGAAGAGCACACUGGAGGGCUUUAAGAAAAAUGAAGAGGUGCUGAAGAAGUGUGCACAGGAGUAUCUGGCCAGAGUCAAGCAGGAGGAGCAGAGAUAUCAGACACUCAAACUCCACGCCGAGGAGAAACUAGACAAGGCCAAUGAAGAGAUUGCUCAGGUGCGUGCUAAAGCCAGCUCAGAGAACAUGGCACUCACAGCCAGCCUCAGGAAGGAGCAGAUGAAGGUCGAGUCUCUGGAACAAGCUCUGCAGCAGAAGAAUCAAGAGAUGGAGGAGCUCACUAAGAUUUGUGAUGAGCUCAUUGCCAAACUGGGAAAAAUUGACUGAGAAACACUUCCUGUGAAUGAGCUGACAUGGUCCCUCCAGUCCUGCCUCCAGUGACGCCCUGUGCAUGCCUCCAGCCCCCCGCCAGCCCUGUAGCUCAGACUGCACAUGUACAGAUGCCUAACGCAAUUUCCUGUGUACUACAAUUGCACUACUACAUGACCAGAAUCAAGAAGGUUCUAUAUGUGCUUAGCAUUGUUGGGUCUCUGUUAUAUUUGUUUAUUUUUUUGGUCAUUAGAAUACCAUCUGGGCUCAUUGUGCUUUUUGUCGUCAUGCCAGUGAACAAUGACUUGCUUGUGAAAUUCCCAGCGGAUUAACAGCUCAAUUCUCUGCAACUCGUCCAACAGGAUGACAUGAAGUUUAACGCAGGCUGGAGCUUGUAGUGAGUUACACUUGGAUUCAGAUGGGCUUUAGACAAGAAUUGUUUUAUAUGAAAACAACAAUCUAUGAAACAUAUUUUUCUACAAGUAAACAGAGAUUUUCCUCUGAAACAGAGAGGCUCAGGGGUAUUGCAUAGGCAGAAUGAGGUCACCUGCAAAAGAACUGGAUUUAAAGAUGUCUGUGGAAAUGGGUCACUUUCACUUUACACUGCACCACAAUGAGUUGGGACCACACGUCAGUAAAUCUGCAGCAGCUGGUUUGAGCUAUUCAAACUUCAAACACUUUGUUGGUCAUGCAUAAGUAUAAUAAUUUAACAACCACAAACUUAUCUAUGUUGGAAAACCAGUAUCACCAUUACACCGUUGACAACGGGACAAAGUUAAGCAUGGCAACUUUAUAUUUUGGAUUCAGAUACUUAAACCUGUCGUGAAAUACAAUGUGCAUAUUUUUACACCUUUAAUCAUCAUCUGGUUACAGAUUUAAGGAUUUGUUUUCAUCCACUAAUAAUAUACACAUCUUACCAGUUACAAACAAACAACUGUUUGACUACAUUGUAAGAGGUUUUUUCCUUUGCUCAUGUUUGAUCAAGAUGCCAGAUGUACAUGUACUUAAAACACUUAGAACAGAGGAUUCUGUUUAUUUGCAUGUUCAGUUUCAUAACUGCACAUUUCUCAGACUGCACAUUGAUGUUGAACUUCUGUAACAUAGAGGUGUGUUUGUAAUUAGAGCUGACAAUAUUUAAGUGCUACUACAAUACCUUUCACUGUUUCUGUGUUCAUCCCUGAAAACAAUUUCCAGAAGUUGCAGUUUUAUUUCCUUUAAACAUAAAGAGAAUCUCUGCCACAUCAGUGUUUGGUGUAUUGACAUCAACUGAAUAUCACACAGCAAAUCAAAUGUCCAAAGAAAGGAGUUUUAAUUCUCAGUUUUGUUGAGAAUAUUUGGCCCUUAUUGAAAAUGUGUAGUGAUCGUUACUCAGCUGUUUUUGCUGUUGCACAAAGCAAAUCCACUUGUGACCAAAACCCUGCUAAUGUGCCACAGUUAAUCUUUGUGCCAUUUUAAUACUAUGUUAGUAUACAUAUACUCCACACAGGUUUCUUUGUCACACUUGUGAUGACAUUUUGAGGACUAACAGUGUGAGCGUCUGUACAUUUGACCUGAAUAAAAAUCUGUACAAUCCCUU